UCUCCACGUGGGUGCAGCUGGCUUGCUUGCUAGCAAGAAGGAAAAGUCUGCUGGGGGACUCCAGAUUCCUCAAAGUGGAUCGGCAGGUCGAGGUGCAAACCUUAACCAAAAAAAUAAAAUGACGGACGUGGAGCGACUCCUUAUCCAGUUCAAAGAUGAGGCCGGUGAGGCCUUGGGCUCUCCCUUUGAUGUGCCCAUCAACAUCACGCCAGAGAAGCUUCAGCUCGUCUGCAACGCCCUCCUGGAGAAGGAGGAGCCGCUGCCGCUGGCUUUCUACGUGCGGGACUCCGAGAUCGUGGCCUCCCUGCAGCAGACGUUGGCAGGGCAGGCCCUGGAGACGGAGAAGGUGGUGGAGAUCGUCUACCAGCCGCAGGCCGUGUUCAAGGUCCGCGCCGUCACCCGCUGCACCAGUUCUUUGGAGGGGCACAGCGAGGCCGUCAUCUCGGUCGCCUUCAGUCCCACUGGGAAGUACCUAGCCAGUGGCUCCGGGGACACAACCGUACGCUUCUGGGACCUCAACACAGAGACCCCACACUUCACGGCCAAGGGUCACCGUCACUGGGUGCUCAGCAUAGCCUGGUCUCCUGAUGGCAGGAAACUGGCGUCCGGGUGCAAAAACUGCCAGAUAUUUCUCUGGGAUCCCGAGACGGGGAACCAGAUCGGACGGAUCCUCGUGGGGCACACCAAAUGGAUUACUUCUCUCUGCUGGGAGCCUCUGCAUUUGAACCCAGAAUGCCGCUACCUGGCCAGCUCCUCCAAAGACGGCAGCGUCCGCAUCUGGGACACGGUCGCCGGCUGGUGCGACAAGAUCCUGACGGGCCACACGCAGUCGGUCACCUGCGUCAAGUGGGGUGGGGACAACUUGCUGUACUCCUCGUCUCAGGAUCGGACCAUCAAGGUCUGGAGGCCCCUGGAUGGAGUCCUCUGCCGCACACUUCAGGGUCACGCGCACUGGGUGAACACCAUGGCUCUCAGCACAGACUAUGUUCUCCGCACUGGGGCUUUUGAGCCGGCCGAGGCCUCUGUCAACCCCCAGGACGUCAGCGGAUCCCUGGCAGAGAUAAAGCAGAAAGCACAGCAGAGGUACAACCAAGUCAGGGGCCAGGGGCUCGAAAGGCUCGUCUCCGGGUCAGAUGACUUCACGCUGUUCCUCUGGGUGCCUGCAGAGGACAAAAAGCCUCUGGGGAGAAUGACCGGCCACCAGGCGUUGAUCAACCAAGUCCUUUUCUCUCCCGACACGCGGAUCAUUGCCAGUGCGUCCUUUGACAAGUCCGUCAAGCUGUGGGACGGCAAAACGGGCAAGUACCUCACCUCCCUGCGGGGGCACGUAUCGGCGGUGUACCAGAUCGCUUGGUCGGCCGACAGCCGCCUGCUGGUCAGCGGGAGCAGCGACAGCACGCUCAAGGUCUGGGACGUCAAGACACAGAAACUGGCUGUCGACCUUCCUGGCCAUGCGGACGAGGUAUUUGCCGUGGACUGGAGUCCCGACGGACAACGGGUAGCGAGCGGUGGGAAGGACAAAUGUCUGAGGAUAUGGAGACGAUAGCUGUGAGGAAAGGACUGUCACAAAUGGAGCCUGGCGGUUUCCCCUCCUGGCGCAGGCUGCGGCCUGCCAGCCCGCCGUUUUCAGGGGGGCUACUUGAAUCAAGACUGUUCUCUCUUUUUGGAUCCAGAUAAAGGAGUCCUCUCCUCUCUUGUCAGCCGGCUUCUGGGCUAGUUGAUGCCUCUUGCUAAGUUGUUGCUGCUGCUGCUCACAGUUGUCUGAAAUCUGCACACACCCACACCCUGCCAGUCUUCCCUAAUGAGAGCUGGCGCAGUCUAGAAGUUGAAGCGGAAGCAAUCCAGAAGGUCCUGAGUUCGAAUCUCCCCAUUUUAGCCAUGGAUUCACAAUGUGGCAUUAGGCCAGCAUCAGCCCACCACCACCACCCCGCCAUGGCCUGAGAAAGGGAUGAUAACCCUAUUUCUCUCCCUAAUCGCAAACCUGGGUGCGGAGUGCCGGAAAAGGCUGGAAUCAAGACGCUUCCAUUGAGGAGCAAGAGAGGAGGUUUGAGCACUGAUAGAACCCCCGAGGUCCAGAGAAAUGAUAAAUAAAUCGAUGAAGCUCUCUUUUAA